CUGCGUACAAAUCCCCAGGGGAUGCUGCCAUGGGGUCUAAAAGACAAUCCCCUGAGGGUGAAGACCACGCCCUACCUCCUCCAGAACCCAAACGGCGGGUCCUCACACGGAGUAUAAGUGAACAAAGCACAAGCAUGGAGGACCGCGAAGUCUCGCACCUCAGGCGAGAUCUCGAGGAUGUAAUUGAGCGCGAGAGUGACCUUCGCGAGCAACUUCGUUUUACGGAAGAGGAGGUCAAAGUUUUGCGUAAAAAGCUUCAAGAGACUGAGGUUGAAAACGAGACUUUGUCCAUGCAGCUAAAAAAGAUGUCCCCAAGCGGCUCUAGGGGAGCCAAGGGGACGAAGAAGCGACAGGGUUCUCUGGAAGAGGUUCUGCCACCAACAUUGCCGGAUAUU